AUGAUUGGAACUGGGGAUGAUUGGGAGGCUUCCUUUGGACCUAUCAUCACGUCUGAGUUGUAUGAUGGCGAGGUCUAUGACGCUCGGCGGAAGCCCAAUAUGGAUCAGGAACAAGCCUGGCUGAGAGUUGGCCCUAGUUCGCAAAACAAGUUCAUCCUAGACUCUGGUCAGAAUCUGGUUGGGAGACUACGAGUGAGAGUCACAGGUGCUCCCGGGCAUGUCGUGACAUUCCAGCAUGUCGAAGUUCCAGAGAACGGGGAGUCCACGACUCGUCCCCUCCGACACGCAGCAGCAAAUGAUACACUUAUUUUGUCAGGAGAUGAAAUCAUCUGGGAACCUCGAUACACCAUCUACGGUUCUCAGUUUGUCGAGGUGACCAACUGGCCAUCAUCCGACGACUUGCCAAAAAGUGAGGACAUUGUUGCACGCGUUUUGCACACCGACACGGAGCGUACGGGAUACUACACGACAACAUCAUAUGGGGAAUGCGGGGCAACUUCGUCAGCGUACCUACCGACUGCCCUCAGAGAGAUGAGCGACAAGGGUGGACUGGCGAUAUCCAACACCACAUACGAUGCCAACUCUCUCAGCCAUGAGUUCGAACAGUUGAUGCGUACCAAGCGAUUCAAUCAACUUCACGAUUCAUCCCGGUCGCGAGCUGGAUCUCAGUCGCCUGCGCCUUCGCACGCCAGUCACUCGAUCCCGCCGCCUUCACGAGCGCCGCCACUAGAGCCUGGCUGGAAGAACAUUCUAGUCCGUCCUAUUCCUGGUGGAGAUCUUUCGCACGCCAAAGUCAAGUACCUGAGCCCAUCUGGCAAGCCUGCGAGGUGA